CAUUACGAGUAAGAACAUAAAUACAUAGAUCCAAGUGACUUUUAUACACAACAAAACAAAGGAAAACAAAACAUCAAAAUAUUAAUCCUUCUCAUGGCCCCCCUUAAACGCACUUGCUCCGAUAUAUCACACCAAAUAUCCAUAGACAACACUCUAACCAAAGAACCAACUCCCACCGCAACUGCAACCACUACAAAUUUGUUGUCGUUAUCGGCGAUAUCCGAAGUGGAAGAUGCAAAGUGUGAGUGUUGUGGCAUGUCUGAAGAGUGCACGCCGGAGUACAUAGACCGUAUGCGUUCAAAAUUCUCAGGGAAGCUGAUUUGCGGGUUGUGCGCAGAAGCAGUGGAGCAAGAGAUGGAGAAGAUGAACAAUAGUGAAUUGGUGAUGGAGAAACGGCGAGAGGAGGCAGUACAUGCACACAUGAGCGCAUGUUCCCGGUUUAAUAGACUAGGCCGGAGUUAUCCGGCGUUGUACCAAGCAGAAGCGGUUAAUGAGAUUCUGAAGAAGAGGUCUAACAAGAUGGUCAGAGCUACCAAGUCUGAAAAAGGUGGUCUCACUAGGAGCUCUAGCUGCAUGCCUGCUUUGGCUAAGGAGCUAAAAGAUCGUACAUUUGUUAAUAAGUAGAAUAUAUAUGUGUGCUUACGUUUUCUUUUUUUUGUGAAACGCUUACGUUUUCUUUUAUGGGCCUGACUGGUGUAACCGCAGCGGUUGCGGUUGCGGUUGCGGGAGUUUGCGGGUGCUGGUGGUUGCGGUUUUAAGCGUUUUCUAGAGAUUUGUACGACUGGUACAGCUGUUAGAAAUUGUUGCGUUUGCGGGACUCUUAUGACUGGUAAACUACCAAACGCAACAUCUGUUAAAUAAUAAUUUAACAAUAUUUAUAUUUUAUGUAAUUAUAAAAAUAUUAAAAAUCAUAAUAAUAUGAUAAAUAUAAAAUUUAUAUUUAUAAAAUCAUAUUAUUCAAUUUUAAAAAUUUAUAGAAAAUAUUUUAGUUUUGAAUUUUUAUAAUAUAAAUUGAAAUAUAAUAUGAAUACAUUUUACAAUUUCUAUUAUUUCAAUUGAAAAUUUUUAUUGGAUAUUUUUAGUAUUAUUUUUAUUUAUUCUGUUUUUAAAGAAAAAAAAUUUACCCUCUCGCAACCGCCCGCAACCGCAAACGCUAGCAGGAACCAGCUUUUGAUUUUAAGAGGUUCGGAGCGGUUUGAAGCGAUUUAUAGCGUUUUAUUGUGAUUGUUUCGAAACGCCAACAACCGCUAUAAACCGCAAAAGCUGCGUUUGCGGGUGGUAGCGGGAAAACCAGUCAGCACCUAUGUUUGUUUCUUUACAAAACCGUUUAUUAAGAUAUAAAGUUACAUGUAGAGAGGGAAAAAGGUAUUAAGUUAGUUAUAUUUAGUGAAAGAAAACUAUGGAAAUUUUGGGUAGUGUAUUUUUCUCCUGUAAUAUCUAUAAUGAAAAGUUCAUUUCUCACUCA